UAUUUUAUUAAUUUUGUAAAAAAGUUAUUAUUUAUAUAACAUGGCUGACCCUGCGAAGCAAAUAAGGUUUGAGAGUAUGUUGUUCAAUUAUGAAACUACUGGUCGAACUGAUUUCCGAGAUGGAGAGAUCACUACUCCUGUGAAGACACUUUACAAGCCAAAACCGAAGCGUAUCCGGGGCGACUACGACAUGGUGAAGUAUAUCCAGUCGGUAACACAAUGGCGCCAGCGUCCGCCAUUCAGCCUCUUCAUCAAACCACGGGGCAUUGUUCAGACCAACCCGAGGAAUGUUCAGCAGAAAUAUGAAAAGCCACUAGACCUGGAACGCGAGGAAGUUCAAAAAAGCAGACCGAGGCAGGUGAUGACCCCAGCUGUGAGCAUGGACGACAUCGAAGACCCCAAGCUGAGGGACAUCCUCGUCAAAGACAUGUACACCAGUGACAUGACAGCUAAGAUGAGGGAGGCAGUCGCGCCAUACCUCAAUGUGAAGGCUCCAUAUCCUGAACACCCAGCCAGGGCUGAUCCGGUGUCAUUGGCCAAGUGGCACCCACCAUACGUGUCGAAGGACUGGCUGAUGGACUCGAUAACGUGGGACCUCCGUCAGCUGCGAAGCUUCGUAGCUCCAACCAGGGAGUUCUGGUUGUGUCCAGAGCAUACGCCACACUGCUCUGUUUGCGAACAAGAAGCAGUGCGCACGCGCCAGAGAGAAAUGAUGCUACAGCUCAUACAAAAGAAACGUUAACAAAGUUCGUGCAAGAAUCAACGACAACACGGAAGGCUUGACAAGAGCUGCGGUUUCGAAUCUUGAGUCGGUAUCUUUCGAUCUAUUUAGGUAGCGUUUGUGAUUUUUAUUUUUUUUACGUAUAAACCAUUGCUAAAAGGUCGGUGGGUUAGUAUAAUAAUAAUAUUAUUAAUACACUACUUA